CUGGAAAAUUGAACAUGGCCAUUAACCUGCAUUGUUUCGUGAAAUUUAAAUUAAUGAGUCUUGUUAUUUUUAGAUUUCAACUGUAUAUUGGGAGCGCGGAAUAUUUCACUAGUGCGCUACAACAGCAAUGAGAAAAAAGGUGCUGUUAAUGGGCAAAUCUGGUUCGGGCAAAACAAGUAUGCGAAGCAUCAUAUUUGCAAACUUUAUUGCUCGUGAUACCCGCAGACUAGGCCCCACAAUGGACGUGGAACAUACACACUUACGACUUCUUGGGGGGCUGGUUUUAAACUUAUGGGACUGUGGAGGACAAGACGGGUUUAUGGAAAGCUAUUUUGUUAACCAAAGGGAAACAAUAUUCAGAAACGUUGAGGUUCUGAUCUAUGUUUUCGACAUCGAAAGCCGGGAAAUUUCGAAAGACCUGGCUUAUUAUCGUUCUUGUCUAGAUGCAGUCAAUCAGAAUUCUCCCGGCGCAAAAAUAUUUUGUCUUAUUCAUAAAACUGACUUAGUCAGUGAAGAAAAAAGAGAUGAGAUAUUUCAAGCCAGAAAAGAAAACAUUGAAGCAGUUACUAAACCUUUAACAUGCUCAUGUUUUACAACAUCUAUAUGGGAUGAGACAUUAUUCAAAGCGUGGUCUAAAAUUGUUUAUGAACUUAUUCCAAAUAUCAAAACUCUAGAAGGGAGUUUAAAACAGCUUUGUGAGGUACUGGAAGCUGAUGAAGUAAUUUUAUUUGAAAGAGCAACAUUCCUUGAAAUCGCUUGUCAUUCUAGAGUCCCACAUUCUGAUGUGCAUAGGUUCGAAAAAAUAAGCAAUAUUGUGAAACAAUUCAAGUUGUCGUGUAGCAAAGUUGGUGCAAAUUUCACCAAGAUUGAAUUGCAUAAUCAGUACUUUGCUGCGUUUAUUGAUGUUUUCACUUCAAAUACAUACAUUAUGGUUGUGUGUUCAGAUCCAUCUAUCGCUUCAUCUGCAACUUUACUCAAUAUUCGCAAUGCUCGUAAGCACUUCGAACGUCUAGAGAAAAUAGAACAACCACAUUCUGCAAUAGCUGGGCGUAAUUGAGACCUCGUAUGCACUCGAUAAUCAUCUUAUCUAUCGAUGCAUUGUGAUUACAAUUUUCCAACUGAAGAUUACGAUGUCAAUGUGCAUUAUACCAGUGAAUUUCGAUUUUUAUUCAAAUAAUAGAAAAAAAACAUAAAAUUCUGUAUAGAUCUGUGAUGGAUUUUCCAUUUGCAUCGGUCAUCUUUUUACGGUAAGACAAUAUGAUAUUAGGCAGAGCAAAAAUAAAUUCUUAUCCGUUCUACAAAUUUGAAUAAAAACAGCUAAAGUAGCUUACACAUGUAUAAUUAACAUGCUGAAAAUGAAUUUUUUGACACUAACUGAACUUCCAAUUCUGUAAAACAAUUUAAAAUGUGAUUAACGCUUUCCUUCAAUCUAUUUGUACACUUCAGUGAUGACUACAUCUUAGAGAAUCAUUAUUCUUAAAUGAUAUAUAUAUGAAAUUGAUAUGUUUUGAUAAAAUGUAAAUAAUUUCAUACUUUUGCUUCGUCUAACUCAUUUUUCUCUUUCAUUGUAUUUCCUUUUUCAUCAACUUGCUCAGAUGGUAUACAUUAACGAAGUCUUUUUUUUAACUGUUGUCUCACCUUUCUGCAAGUUCAUGACAAGAACUUUAACUAAUCAAAGUACUUAGGAUUUGAUAUGUGACAUGGCUAAGGUGCUUAGAUUCUAACUUACACCUACUAAAUAAAGAGAUUCUGUUAU